GAAGACUAAGCCUGCCUGUACCACCAUCUUGCUGACCAGGUCCAAACCGCAGGAGGUAAAGCGGGACAUGAAGGAUCUGGCAGAGCAGCAGCAAAUAAGCAAGGCUGCACUGGAUCAGUUGGUGACCCAGACGGCCAAGGAGGAGCAGGAGCAGCUGGAAGAGCUGAGAGUGAUGGAGAGCAUGGGGCAGGAGGAGGCAGUAUGCCCCAUGUGCAGCAGUGACACCAGCACACGUUUGGGGAAGCUUCUGCGGUGCUAUGAGAAGCUGCAGGGGCUGGUGGACUCACUCAUGUCGAGCAAGAAGAGGGGCAAGGUGGUGAGGCAGCUGCCAGGGAAGAGCCAGGACCAGGAGGUGCUGAAGCGCAUCCAGGCUGCCAUCCUGCAGAUGCAAGAGGAGUAUGAAAAGCUUAACUCUGUCAUGGGGAGCCUCCUGGAUGACAGUCGCCAGCAGCAGAAAGAUAUCGAGGGUCUGUUCCAGUCCUUGGAGAGGCUGGAGAAGGAGAAGGCAGACAAAGAGGACCUGGAGCUAGGAAUGGAUGAGGUACAACCUCAGGGGGCCUAA